UUGGAUAUGUUUUCUCUAGAAUUUCUCGAAGUUUUAAUUGCAGUUGUUCUGAGUAUCAUCGUGGCAGCAGCCUGGUAUUUGCACCAGCAACACCUGAAGUAUGACCAUUUACCUGGACCUCCGCGAGACAGUUUUUGGAGCGGCCAUCUUCCAUCCAUACAGAAAGUGAUAUCGGAUGGUGAAAUUUUCGAUGAUUACAUUCUGGAAUUAAUGAAAUCGUAUGGGAGUAUUCUUCGUUUGUGUAUGUGGCAUCAGACAUUUGUUAUCGUUGCUGACCCUGAACUUGUUAAGGAAGUUCUUGUAACAGGUAAUCACCCUAAAUCGAAAGCAGUAUACUCGAUGUCAAGACAUUUGUUUGGCGCAAGAUAUCUCGGGAGAGGCAUUGAAAGUGAGACGGACCAAAAAUAUUGGAUAAUGCAGCGCAUGCAUCUGGAUCGCUGGUUUAAACCUCAUUAUUUGCGGCAAUUCACCUCCGAUUAUAAUGAGUUUGCUGACAGUCUUGUGCAACAGCUGGAGCAAUAUGCAGAUGGAAAAACACGUGUCCCUUUGGAAAAGCUGUUGCAUAAAGUCACUCUACAUCUUCUGUCAAAGGUAGCAUUUAAUUUCGACCUUGGGAAACUUGAUGAAACAGCUCACCCUUUUUCAUAUUACUUGGGAUUUUCUCUUUCUGGAUUUGCAAAGAAGGUGGUGAACCCACUUUUUAGCGUGAACCCUUUAACAUGGAGAUAUUGCAUGCAGGUUCACAAUGCAGUUAAAAAACUUAGAUCCCAUGCUAGCGAGCAGAUAAUAUCGAGGAGGAAAACAAAAUUAAGAGGCGACCACGUUCCUUAUGACUUGCUUGAAUGCAUCAUUGAACUGCAAGAAAAAAAUCCAUCCGAUAUUACAGAUGAGAUUUUGUUGGACAAUUUUAUCACAUUCCUCAUUGGAGGAUCUGAAACUACAGCGAAUACUCUCAGUUUCAUGGUAUACCUCUUGUCACAGAAUCCUCAUUGUUACAAAAAAUUACAACAAGAAAUUGAUGACAAUGUUGCAGCCGUUUCUGUAUUGACCCCUUCAGAGCUUGAUGACCUGCCCUACCUUGAUAUGGUCAUGAAGGAAACACUUCGACUUUAUCCCAUCGCGAAAGCAACGUACAGGGAAAUGGCACGAGAUUGUAGCCUUGGGGGAUAUCACGUUCCUGUCGGAACAGAUGUAGUGGUCAGUUUUUACGCCACAGGUAGAUCUUCGAAGACUCUGACGAAUCCGCAUUUGUUUAUACCAGAACGUUUUGAGCCUACGGCAAAUGAAAGAGUAGGAAGAUACGUAUCCACUCCAUUUUCAGUCGGCCCUCAUACUUGUAUUGGUAGGAAAUUUGCACAGAUUGAAACAAAGAUCAUGAUGACUAAGAUCGUCCAAAACUUCGACUUCGAGCUAGUACCAGACCAACCCAUGGGGAUUAUCGAUAAUACAACUCUACGACUUGCAGGAGGUGCCAUUUGUUAUCUGCGACCAAGGAGAGACACAUGA